GACUAAAUUAAAAGUUAGUUAGUAAAGAGUAAAGUCAAGUCAGUGCCUUCCAGUUCAGGAGCUGAUCUGCAGAAAGUCGCCCUUUUUUCUUGAGCUCAUGCACCUAGUUGGGUUACAUCGUCUGUGUCUGUGAGAAUGAUGUUGAUUGGUGCUGUUUGAGUAAGUAAAUGUUCUAACUGAUCAACCACCUACAGUUCAGUUUGCUAGAUGCACUACAAGUAAGUAUUAGUUGCUGGUAGAUCUACCUGUCUCUACAAUCAUCAGAGUCAUAAUAACGGCAGAAGAUACUACGAUUUGGUUCUGGUCUUCUAAAAAAAUCACCUCUUUUUUACUUCUGCCUGAGACUGAGUUCUGGACUCGCAGCUAUGCGCUAGCUGUCAACGGAUCCUGAGUUUCCGCAAUACAGCCUGGGAUAUGGUGGUGUCAAUUGUUUGUAUCUCGGAGUUCAUGAUAGAGCUGGAUAGAUAGCGUGCGGUACGGUGCUGUGUUUCAACCAGUCAGUUUCCGCUAUGUCGGACGGAAAGUUCAAGUUGGCUUUGCGAAAAGUUGGUGCAUUCGCGUUCAAACAUCAUCUGCCCUUGGGACUGUUGUUCGCAGUAUUACUCGGUGCCCUAUGGCCAACACCUGGUGUAGCGGUGAGCAAAAUCCCAGCCAACUAUAUUUGCGUUAUUCUCAUCUUCCUUCUCACUGGACUGAAGCUGAAAACUGAUGACGUCAAGGAGGCCUUGAAAUCAUGGAAAGGCAUGGUGUAUGGCGUCUUCAGUGUCCUGUUUCUGACGUCAGUGGUGUCACUGGAGCUGAUAAAAUUGAUGAGCAGCCAAUUCGGCCGUCUGGACACCGCAACGUUGGGUGCCAAUGACACGUCGAAUUCUAGCGACGUGCCAGCCAGCUGCAUGGCCAAUGCCAGUGAGGAGACGCCACCGUUGGGUCCUCGAGAGUUCAGCAUUGGCUUGCAAGUGUUCUUUGCCAUGCCGUGUACUGUAUCAUCAGGUGUCAUUCUGGUCACCCAGUUGAAUGGUAACCAUGUACUUGCUCUGUUGCUGACCGUCGUUUCCAACUUGGUCGGUAUUGGAACGGUGCCCGGACUACUGAACUGGCUGGCUGAGUUUGAUGCCAACGUGAAGCUGGAUGCCGCCAAGCUGCUGCUCAAACUUGUGCUGACACUGCUCAUACCACUGUUGGUGGGAAAAGCCUUACGCCUCGUUCCUAAGGUGGUGGACCUCGUCGACAAGUACCGGUCACCCAUGAGAGUAGCUGGGAGCAUCUUCCUUAUCAUGUUACCUUGGAUGAAGAUCAGCGUCACCAGUAACAAAGGUUCGUUCAGCUGUGUCGAACCCAUAUCAUUCGUCACCUUAUUUGCCAUUUCUCUUACGCUUCACUUUGUGCUUCUUACUAUCAAUUCUCUUGCGUCGCUCAUCCUCCGCCUGGAAGCGCCGGUCAGGAAGGCUGUAGUCAUCUUGUGCAGUCAGAAGACACUGGCUGUCGCCCUGUCAGUGCUGAGCUUCUUUCCAGCAAGUCUUGGCGAUCAGGGACUCAUGGCCAUUCCAUGCAUCAUAGCGCAUCUGGUGCAGAUCGUGAACGAUGCCAUUCUAGUAUCGGUCUGGGUGGCGUAUGAUCGUCGGCAGGAGCUCAAGCGGACUAACGCGGAGGCAACAGAUGCGCAGCCAAUGAACUCACGCCAGGACACUAUUGUUAAGGAGGGGGAUCAUGGCCAAGCGGCCGUGUCGUAUCGUACUGUGAUCUCCGUGUGGAGUGUAUAACCGGAGUAUGCACUUGAAGCAUGUGGUGCGACCUGCUCAUGGUUCUCAACAUGAUUAAGUUAUCUUUUCUCUUCGGUUGACGAAAUAUUGGGCAUUGGCAUUAGCUAUUUAAUUAUGAUUGUCAGUUGCUGAUACAUGUUCAUAUCGUGGAUACCCGCGGGUGCAGUAUUCAUGACACUGCAUGUCAGCUGUUCACUGAGACAGAUUUCCCCAUUGUA